AUGCCGUGGAAGGUACUUGUCGUGGUCUGCAUGGUAGUGCAAGUUGGAGACAACACAAUCAUGGGAAGAAUUGCCGGUCUGGAAACUGGUCAAACCCCGAUUGCCAAUAGGAGAUUGAGCACUUUAUCCACAUAUCAUCACGGGCGGGGCUGUUUUAUCGGGGGUGUCGUUUUUCAUGAUUGCCUUUGUCUUGGGCUAUCAUCACUGGCUGGACGCUGUCAUUUUCCUCAUUGUAGCCAUUGUGCCCGAGGGUUUCUUGGCGACCGUCACCGUGAGUUGAUGAUCAACUUCUCUAUCCGUCGCUCUGGAAACGUUUUGGGUGUACAGGAAGUUGCGGGAGAUGCUUUGGAGGCUGCGAUGGGUGAUAUCGCCAACGACACAAGAAGGUCUGCGAGAUUCCCUUCAAUUCAACAAACAAAUACCGGGUUUGUAUUUGAAAACGAUGAAGCAAUGACAAUCCCUUGUGAAUCUCAAAAGUAA